CAUAGCACGCACUACAUUCUGUUUUGUUAUGGUGGUUUCUCGUGUCUUGGAGGCAGAGUACUAGAAAGUCGCUGAAAUGACUCAGUUUCUACCGCCAAAUCUUUUGGCGUUAUUUGCGCCGAGAGACCCUGUCCCGUACUUACCACCCACAGAUAAAUUGCCCCACGAAAAAGCAGCAGGAACGUACACUGGCGUCGGGCAGUAUCUCAGCCUCUUCGAAGAUCCGAAGGACACCCCUCCUCCCACCCGGGUUGAGACUCGCGAAGAAAGACUAGAGAGAAAGCGAAGAGAAAAGGCAGAGCAAGUCGCCUACAAGUUAGAGCAAGAUAUUGCGUUAUGGGACCCAGCCAACAACCCAUCGGGCACUAUGGAUCCGUUCAAAACCCUAUUUGUGGCCAGAGUGAAUUACGACACGUCUGAGUCAAAGUUAAGAAGAGAAUUUGAGGGAUAUGGACCUAUCAAGAAGAUCGUCAUCGUCCACAACAAGAUCACGGGGAAGCCACGGGGAUACGCAUUCGUAGAGUAUGAGCAUGAACGGGAUAUGCACGCUGCUUACAAGCACGCAGACGGGAAAAAGAUCGAUGGACGGAGGGUUCUCGUGGACGUGGAAAGGGGUCGCACCGUGAAAGGAUGGUUGCCCAGGCGACUAGGUGGUGGUCUUGGAGGCACACGGAGAGGAGGUCCAGAUGUGAACACCAAGCACUCCGGUCGUGAGGACUCCAGAAUGGAAGAUCGUUACAUGGAACGUGAUGUGGGACCGAGAGCAGACAGAGAUGAACGAAUGCCGCGUGACCGAGGCGAUCGCGAACGCCGAAGGAGCCGCAGCCGAGACAGAGGCGAUAGGGACAGGGAGCGCGAUCGAGAAAGGAGGCGUCGUUCAAGAAGCAAAGAUCGGCGACGUGACCGCCGCAGGGAGCGAUCUCGGGAGCGUGGUGCCGGCGAUGAGGGCACGCUACCCAUUGACGGGGAGCGGCCAGAGAAGAGGCGGCGUAGCCGCAGCAGGGAUCGCAAACGCCGCAGGAGCCGCAGUAGGAGCAGGGAGCACAAACGUAGGUCCGACAGGGGCGACCGCAGGUCGGAGAGGAAUGGCGAUCGUCUGGACAUCAAGCAGGAGACUCCAACUGGCGAGGAUUAUGACGCCACGCCCUUUGGUAACUACAGCGAAGACAACAGCCAAAGCAUGGACGCAAAUCACCAACCCAUGUACACCUCCUCCUAUAUCAAAGCAGAACCUGAUGAGUACAACUGAAAUGAACUUUCCCCAUUGUCUCUCAUUGUUGUGGAUUCUGUCUGGUAAUAUUGCAGGCAAAAAACUUUAGCGAGGGUUGGAUAUUUGCUCAAGAAAAACGGAUGCUGGAUUCUCUGCUGUUUCAGUUUUAUUUUCCUAAAUUGCACUCUUUUUGUCUUUUGAUUGGGCCUCGCGUGCUUAAGCUAGCGCUAUUCCCUGGGGGAGUUUUAGCUUUUUACUGUGCUCAUUUGUUUAGGGUGUGUAAUGUUUGGUAAGGCGAAACUUGGGUUGAAGUGAAGGUUGAGACGAGAUUAAGCGUUGAGGCAAAAUUUGAGAGCUGGUCUCUGUACGAACAGUUGUACUGAAAUCUUAUUGUGGUAAGUUUCAUAAGGUAUGUGUUGCUGCCAGAGAGUAAGAUGUCGCUUGCAUUCAUAGGACAAAGGUUCAAUAAAACACAGUCACCCAG